CCUCUGCUAGACCUGCGGUGCGCAGCGACAUGGCGGACGGCCACCGCCUCCUGCUGGAGAACGCGCGGCAAGUGGUGCUGGUGUGCGCCCGCGGCGAGCGCUUCCUGGCGCGGGACGCGCUGCGCAGCCUGGCGGUGCUGGAGGGCGCCAGCCUGGUGGUGGGCACAGAUGGGUUCAUAAAAGCCAUCGGUCCUGCUGAUGCGAUCCAAAAACAGUUUUCAGAAGAAACAUUUCAAGAAAGAAUUGACUGUUCCGGGAAAUGCAUCUUGCCAGGUUUAGUGGAUGCACACACACAUCCAGUAUGGGCUGGUGAAAGAGUUCAUGAGUUUGCGAUGAAGUUGGCAGGAGCCACAUACAUGGAUAUCCACCAGGCUGGAGGAGGGAUCAACUUCACGGUGGAGCGCACGCGCCAGGCCUCGGAGGAGGAGCUGUUCAGUUCCUUCCAGCAGCGGCUUGGGUGCAUGAUGAGGGCGGGGACAACGCUGGUGGAGUGCAAGAGCGGAUACGGCCUCAGCCUGGAGACGGAGCUCAAGAUGCUACGCGUGAUUGAGCGCGCCCGGCGGGAGCUGGACAUCAGCAUCUCAGCCACUUACUGCGGGGCUCACUCGGUGCCAAAAGGAAAAACUGCUACUGAAGCCGCUGAUGACAUCAUCAAUAACCACCUCCCAAAGCUGAAGGAACUUGGCAGAAAUGGGGAAAUACAUGUUGACAAUAUAGAUGUGUUCUGUGAGAAGGGCGUCUUUGAUCUCGAUUCCACCAGAAGGAUUCUUCAAAGUGGGAAAGAUAUAGGGUUACAGAUUAACUUCCAUGGGGAUGAACUCCACCCAAUGAAGGCUGCUGAGCUCGGGGUGGAACUGGGAGCCCAGGCAAUCAGUCACCUGGAAGAAGUGAGUGAUGAAGGCAUUGCUGCCAUGGCAGCGGCCAGGUGCUCUGCUGUCCUCCUGCCCACCACGGCCUACAUGCUGAGACUGAAGCAACCUCGAGCCAGGAAAAUGUUAGAUGAAGGGGUAAUAGUCGCUCUGGGCAGCGAUUUCAACCCUAAUGCGUAUUGUUUUGCAAUGCCGAUGGUCAUGCAUCUGGCCUGUGUGAACAUGAGAAUGUCCAUGCCCGAGGCCUUGGCCGCUGCCACCAUCAAUGCCGCUUACGCCCUGGGAAAAUCUCACACUCAUGGAUCUUUGGAAGUAGGCAAACGGGGAGAUCUCAUUAUCAUCAAUGCAUCCAGAUGGGAGCAUUUGAUUUACCAGUUUGGAGGCCAUCACGAAUUAAUUGAUUAUGUUAUAGCUAAAGGAAAAGUCAUCUAUAAAAAAUGAUUGAUCUGUAAGGAAAGAGCACACUGUUCUACUGUUUAAGUCAAUACAGUUAUAUUAAAAGUUAAAAUACCUUAGUAGUUUACCAGAAUGAUGUCACUUAAAUCUAUUUCUGUAUUUUGUUUAUCCACUUGAAAAACCCAGGGGAUUCACUUAUUUUAACAUGUGCACCUGGACGUAUAAGCAAGUAAACCAUUUGUGAUGAUAAUCUCAAAGGAUUAAAUUACUUCACAAAGAUUUUCUAUACAUAUUCUGCAGAUUAAUAUGAUGGAGUAUCACAGAAAUGCCUUUGUGGGGAAAUGCAGAUUGGCAAAUAGGUAGACAUGGCUUAAAAUUCCAGUUGUGCUUCUACUUUUCAAAUUUCAAUUCUUAAACUAUAUUUACUGAAAAUUGUGGGGGGGAGUGGGAAAUCCAAGUCAAAUGCCACAAACUAAGCUAAAAUGUAGCCAUCUAUAAUAAGCAAAUAGUUUUUCUUUUCCCCACACAGUGUGUCUUUCUAGAUGCUCUUCGAAUGCAUUAGGUUCCUCUGAGGAGGAGUGUUCUUCUGUUUUCUUCUCAACCCUUGCAAUAGAGCUUCACAGCAGAGCUCAGGACUUGUCAUUUUGUACACAAGUAUAGGGACCUUCUUGUAAUGGAUGCAUUUUGACCAAAUCCAAUAAUGUAAUUUUUUAAAAAGUUUUAAAGUUUUUGAUUCUUCACAUUACAAAUGUAUAAAAAAAUCUAUAGCUUUCAAUAAAUGUUUGCUGUCACUAUUAUCGUUGUUGUUUACAGCCCUGGAAGCCAGUCAGUGGUGUCUAUUAGAACCUUUUAGGAAAUGAACAAAUUACAGAAGAAAGUGGAUUACAUAAAG